UCCCGGAGGGCGGAGGGAGGAGACCUGCAUCUCCCACUAGCUGCCUUUUCCCUAGCUCACUUCUCCACCUUCGCAGAUCUCACUUCUCAGCGCGCUUCAUUGAGCCAUGGGGCCCUGGAGCCCAGUCUCCUGGGCCUGCUUAGGCUGCUGGCUGUGGACUCUACAGGCCUGUGCAGCCCUGGAGCCCACCUCUGCGAUCCCCGAGGAUGAGUUCACCCCUGGAGCCGGGUCUCCCACACAGGAGGGCAGCUUGCUCCGUGCCAGAGUCCUGGCAGCCAUAGAGACAGCAGUCACCUCAGCAGCACGAUCGCCUCCGUCCCUGUCCGACACGGCUGCAAACCCUGACGUGACUACGUUGCCUGGAGAAAGCACCAUUUCAAGCAGCCACGCCAGCGAAGCCAGCGCCUCUUUUCCAACAGAAGUAGCAACAGCUAGUUUGGUGUCAGCAGUGAAUGGGGACAACGUAAAUUCUGUCCCUGAAACAGCGUCUUCCCCCCUAGAGCCAGUAGCCAGCGGCAGUGAAGCAGGGGAGAUCCCUACAGAAGAAGCAGAAACUUCAGCGAGCGUGACCAACUCUUUGCACGCUUCUCCGGAAAACAGGAGAGUUGCCAUGACUCCGGCAGGAGAAGCGGUCGCCACAUUGGCCUUGUUCUACUCCAGCCCAACAGACCCUCACCCGACCCGCUUCUCACAUUCCGAGUUGGAGGUAACGGGAUCCAUUCCUGGCGCGUUCUCCAGUGUCACCACCUCCUCUCCUCUCUCUGCAGCUCCUGAGGACAGGAGAGCCACACCCGGCACUGGCGGGGAGCCAGAGGACUUGGCAUCCACUGGCACUGUUGUGUCUAAUGGAACACCUCCCUCUCCAUCAGUGGGAGAGGUGGAGUCAACUCCUGCAGCGUUCCUGUCUCCCGCUGCCUCUCCCACUGAGGCCCCUGUUUCAGAGACCGAAAGUCCAGGGCAUGAUGGGUCUAGCGCUCCAAAAUCCCCAGAACCACCUUCAGAGAGUGAGACAUUUGCACUGGCAGGGGAAACAUCCCCACCUGCCUUUGUAGCUGGGUGGGAAGAGGCUGGGUCACUAGGACCUGCAGAGACUGAGGGAGAGGGGCUCUCCCCAAGUGCAUUUCCCAGCAUUACUGGUGCCGAACAUCUGGCUUCAGAGAGCAAGACAGUUACUGCCCCUGCAGCUCCGGAAGGAGGACGGGAUACGGGUAAGUCUGUGUCAGACACAAACGAGGAAACCCCAAUAUCUGCGAUUGAUACCCAGAGCCAAACAAAUCCCUCGCCCGCCGACGCAGAGCAGAGUCUGGCUAAUACAGAGGAGCUACCUACAGGAGAUCCGGGGGCUUUGUCCAAUGCCAAAACCUCCCCUCGUUCAUUUCUAGAGCCUGGGACGGUGACAGCCAUAUCUACGGCCCCGUCUGCCAUCCCGUCUCCCAGAGACAUCCCUGCCAAGCCAUCCGUUUCAGAGAGUGAAAGUACAGGAUCCUCCUCAGCUGGACUCUCUGGUGCUCCCAGUUCUCCCCAGCCCCUUCCAGACGCUGCCGUAGGGACAGCCCCUGUCGCUACUGGGGUGGGAGAGGAAUUGGCAAACUCUGCCAAUGCUAGUUUGAGGGGAACACCUCUCGCUCCAUCAGUCCUAGAGUCUGCGUCACUUGCUGCCACAGCCAAAGGUCCUGCAGGAGCAAAUGUUUCUGGAGGCUUUGCCAGUGGGGUAGCUGCAUCCUCCAAUGUAGAGCUGGCAGCCACAACAUCUCAUGCGGGCACCCGGAGUGAAACAGAUCCCUCGCCCUGGAGCGUAGAGCUGAGUCCAGCCCCCAUGGACAAUCUGCCAACAGGAGAACCUGGAGCGUUGGCUGUGGAUUCUCCUCAGCCAUCCUCGGCUCGCGAGACAGCGCUGGCCCCAGCACCUGCAGAAAACAGAGGGGACAUGGCUAGUCUGGUGCCUGUGGCACAUGGAGAAACCCCAAUUUCCAACCCCAAUCUCCAGAGUGCAACAAAUCCCUCACCCUCUGUCCCAGAGCAGAGUCCCGGGGAAGCAGAGCUGCCUGCAGGAGAAACAGCAGCCUUGGCCAGCACCGAAGCAUCCCCCCGUGCGCCCUUAGGAGACAGAACUGUGACAGGCAGACUGGCUCCAUCGGGAGGAACAUCCCCACCUGCCUUUGCAUCUCCCAGCGGAGCCCCAGCUGAGCCUGAAACGAUGGGCGAUGCAACAAACAGAUUGUCUGGUGCUCUCGGGGCUCCCCAUCCAGCCCCUCCGAGGGAGACGUCUGCAGGCAGCGAGGGAACGUCUGCGUCCAUCUUUGUAGUGCCUGGGGACCCAGCCUCUGUCCCCACCGUCUCAGACUCACCGGGAGGCCCCAGCACCGUGGGUUCUGCUCCUCCAUCUUCAGCUGGUGAGAGAGUUACCGUCCCCCCUGUAGCUAUAGAAGGAAGAGGGGACGUGGCUGGUUCCGCGUCCGCAGCCAAUGAGGAAACCACCACCUCUAACCCCGAUGCCCAGCAUGCAGAGGCGAGUCGAGCAGGUGGGGCAGAGCUGCCCCCAGGAGAAAGAGACGCUUGGGUCAAUGCUGAGACUUCCCCAUAUUCAUCCUUAGGGGAUGGGAGAGUCACACCCGGCGCUGGCGGGGGGCCAGAGGACUUGGCAUCCACUGGCACUGUUGUGUCUAAUGGAACACCUCCCUCUCCAUCAGUGGGAGAGGUGGAGUCAACUCCUGCAGCGUUCCUGUCUCCCGCUGCCUCUCCCACUGAGGCCCCUGUUUCAGAGACCGAAAGUCCAGGGCAUGAUGGGUCUAGUGCUCCAAAAUCCCCAGAACCACCUUCAGAGAGUGAGACAUUUGCACUGGCAGGGGAAACAUUCCCACCUGCCUUUGUAGCUGGGUGGGAAGAGGCUGGGUCACUAGGACCUGCAGAGACUGAGGGAGAGGGGCUCUCCCCAAGUGCAUUUCCCAGCAUUACUGGUGCCGAACAUCUGGCUUCAGAGAGCAAGACAGUUACUGCCCCUGCAGCUCCGGAAGGAGGAGGGGAUACGGGUAAGUCUGUGUCAGACACAAACGAGGAAACCCCAAUAUCUGUGAUUGAUACCCAGAGCCAAACAAAUCCCUCGCCCGCCGACGCAGAGCAGAGUCUGGCUAAUACAGAGGAGCUACCUACAGGAGAUCCGGGGGCUUUGUCCAAUGCCAAAACCUCCCCUCGUUCAUUUCUAGAGCCUGGGACGGUGACAGCCAUAUCUACGGCCCCGUCUGCCAUCCCGUCUCCCAGAGACAUCCCUGCCAAGCCAUCCGUUUCAGAGAGUGAAAGUAUAGGAUCCUCCUCAGCUGGACUCUCUGGUGCUCCCAGUUCUCCCCAGCAACUUCCAGACGCUGCCGUAGGGACAGCCCCUGUCGCUACUGGGGUGGGAGAGGAAUUGGCAAACUCUGCCAAUGCUAGUGUGAGGGGAGCACCUCUCGCUCCAUCAGUCCUAGAGUCUGCGUCACCUGCUGCCACAGCCAAAGGUCCUGCAGGAGCAAAUGUUUUUGGAGGCUUUGCCAGUGGGGUAGCUGCAUCCUCCAAUGUAGAGCUAGCAGCCACAACAUCUCGUGCGGGCACCUGGAGUGAAACAGAUCCCUCGCCCUGGAGCGUAGAGCUGAGUCCAGCCCCCAUGGACAAUCUGCCAACAGGAGAACCUGGAGCGUUGGCUGUGGAUUCUCCUCAGCCAUCCUCGGCUCGCGAGACAGCGCUGGCCCCAGCACCUGCAGAAAACAGAGGGGAUAUGGCUAGUCUGGUGCCUGUGGCGCAUGGAGAAACCCCAAUUUCCAACCCUAAUCUCCAGAGUGCAACAAAUUCCUCAUCCUCUGUCCCAGAGCAGAGUCCCGGGGAAGCAGAGCUGCCUGCAGGAGAAACAGCAGCCUUGGCCAGCACCGAAGCAUCUCCCCGUGCGCCCUUUGGAGACAGGACUGUGACAGGCAGACUGGCUCCAUCGGGAGGAACAUCCCCACCUGCCUUUGCAUCUCCCAGCGGAGCCCCAGUUGAGCCUGAAACGAUGGGCGAUGCAACAAACGGAUUGUCCGGUGCUCUCGGGGCUCCCCAUCCAGCCCCUCCGAGGGAGACGUCUGCAGGCAGCGAGGGAACGUCUGCGUCCAUCUUUGUAGUGCCUGGGGACCCAGCCUCUGUCCCCACCGUCUCAGACUCACCGGGAGGCCCCAGCACCGUGGGUUCUGCUCCUCCGUCUUCAGCUGGUGAGAGAGUUACCGUCCCCCCUGUAGCUAUAGAAGGAAGAGGGAACGUGGCUGGUUCCGCGUCCGCAGCCAAUGAGGAAACCACCACCUCUAACCCCGAUGCCCAGCAUGCAGAGGCGAGUCAAGCAGGUGGGGCAGAGCUGCCCCCAGGAGAAAGAGACGCUUGGGUCAAUGCUGAGACUUCCUCAUAUUCAUCCUUAGGGGAUGGGAGAGUCACAGGAAUACACACGCCAUCUGGGGAAACAACCCCAGCUGCCUUUGCUUCUCCAGGCGAAACCGCUGCUGGCCCCUCAGCUUCAGAGACUGCAUGGCCAGGACCUUCGUUUCCUAGUGCCCCGGUGCCCUCCCCCUCCUUUCCGGAGAGGCCGACAGUAAUUGGGCCCGCUGGGGUUGCGAAAGAAGCAGCCAUCUCUGCCAGUGACUCAGGAGUGCCCGCAGCAUUCCCAGCGCUGCAGGCAGUGACCGGGCAAUCGCUAACGACGCUACGCCUGGCCACCUCUUGUACUCCCGCUGCCACGGGAUCCCACUCCCCUUCCCUCCAUUCGGAGAAGGGGAAAACGCCCCCAGAGCCAGGGGCUAACCUGGGUUUGUCUGGUGUGUCCCACGUGCCAGCUGCCACCACUCCAGCACCCUCCAGAGGACGGGCAGCGACACCGUUCCCCCUCUUGGGAACAACAGCCCUUCGGUCCGAUACUAGAGCAGGGUUUGUCCAGGAGAGAACAGCGUCUGUUUCAGCUGGGACCAGAGAGGCCGCCACAAGUGGUACAGGACAGUCAGCAACAGUUGCAGCCGUGCCACUGUAUCCAUAUGGAGCAAAGGAAAGCGAUAAGCAAUACGUGGAGAGAAGAGUGGAUUUUAACUCCCAUGUCUUCAAACCCGAGAUUGGGUUCCCGUUUGGGAAAACGCUGCGCGAUUCUCUAUACUUUACAGACAACGGACAAAUCAUUUUUCCAGCCUCGGACAGUGACGUGUUCCCAUCGCCAAAUCCACCUCCCAGAGGAUUUACCGGCCGUGAGAAAGUUCCAGUGGUUGCUGUGUUUUGGGCUAACGCUGAUUUCUCCAAAGGCGUUGGCAGCACGUUUUACCAGGAGUUUGUUACUCUGGGUUCUGCUGAACACCCCUUUGUCCAAGACGUGGAGACCAAGAUUCGGCGAUACCUGAAGACUUCGUACUCUGCAAAAUGGACCCUUAAGAUCACCUGGGAGAAGGCCCCGGCCUAUCCAGCAUGGCAGCCCAUCACUCGGACAAACACGUACCAGGCUGUCCUCACCACGGAUGGAAUCAAGUCCUAUGUCCUCAUCCUUUACCAAGAUGGUGGCAUGCAAUGGGAUUACACCAAGCUGGGUUUGACCAGCGUGCUGAUGGGCUACUCCAGCGGGGAUGGAUUUUACCGAAAUGACGAUCUGACCCGAAGGCCCCCAGCAGCCAAAUAUCGCCCUGACCAGUUCAGAGGCUACAACACAGAUCUGCGUGGGCUGUGGAUAUACAGUCUAGCCAGUCACGUGCGUGUGAACUACAGACUGAGGUGUCUGGCCUGGCUUAGCACACAGCAAGAUCCCGCCAGUUGGAACAGAGAUCUGCCAUCCUGCCCUUGCUCUCUGCGACACGGAGCGUUGGAUCGGCACUACCGAUGGAGCAGAAGAGGUUUGGCGGACGCCCGUGUGACGAUGCUGUAUCCAGCCUCCCCAAACCAAUACGGCGCCGGGAUCCGGUGUCUCUACAACAAACAGAACAAGCUCAUCGACGGGCGGCAGGAGAGAACCUGGAAGGCCUCGCGCCAAGCAUCCCCUGACCGCGAUGCAGAGUUAAAGUUACAUGACUGGUGCUGCCGGCAGGCGCGGAGCCCCCAGCUCUGUGCUAAGUACAGCCAGAAGAGACCAAAGAUCAGCUGUGCUGAACACAGGCUGCCAAACCAAACAACAUCCUCUGAAGAGUCAGCAAGCCACUCCGAGGAGGCAAGAGAUUGAGAAUCCAUCUACUCCAGGCCUUUGCUAUUCUCCAUGGCCAGCCUCACUCCUCUAACCCUUUGCUAAGUGGGACCAGUAAAGAAUCUGUAAUGCGAUUUGGGAUCUCCUCCGUGGAUCGUAGGGCUGAAGUGUUCCUCAUUCGCAGAGCUGGUGGGACGCUUGGGGGGGGGGGAAUCCAGCGGGUUUUUGUAAGAGGGCGUCCGUGUUACCCAAAGAGCAAUUCCUGUUUGCAAAU